CUUCUCCACACACCUCUGGUCCCCCGCCGCGGCUCCCGCCCUAGGAGUACUGAGACCCCCUUCCUUGUCUAUGAGUGGUACGGUCCGGGAGUGCGCCGGGAAAAGCCUUCCGGCGGGGAGAAGCCUUGCUGCGUGUGCGGGCCGGUCCGGAGAGAGCUGCGGGAUGGCACUGCCGGGUGGAAAUAAGGAUAACAUCAGAGCUGGAUGCAAGAAGUGUGGCUACCCUGGUCAUCUGACAUUUGAAUGUCGAAACUUCCUCCGAGUAGAUCCUCAAAGAGAUAUUGUUUUAGAUGUUAGCAGCACUAGCAGUGAAGACAGCGAGGAAGAGGAACUACAGAGAUUACAAGCCAUGCGUGAAAAAAAGAAUUUAAAUGAAGAGGAAGAAAAAAAGAAGCAAAAAAGAAAAGGCAAAGAGAAAACAAAAUUAAAAAGACUGAGGAAAAGAUCGUCCUCAUCAAGUUCAGCUGAAGAGGAUGAGCCAAAGUCAAAAAAGCAAAAAUCACACAAAAAAGAAAAGGAAAAGGGAAAAAAACAUAAAUCUAAGAAAGGAAGGCAUCAUAAAAAGGAGAAGAAGAAGAGACGAAAGGAAAAAAGUUCAUCUUCUAACAGUUCAGACAGUUCAAGUAGUGACUGAGAUGCUGGUCUAUUCUUGUGUUUGCUUCUGCAGAGAAGAUGAUUUUCCUUUCAUAGCAAGUUU